AUGGGCCUUGAUGACGCAGUGCAACGAGAAUACCGGUUGCCCUCUCCAUCCCCAUUGCCAGCCCCGGCGCUAAACGCGUUGUGCGAAGACGCCAUGGCCAAACCUGAAUUCCAAUUUGCCCUGCAGCGCGGGGGGCCCUGCGUGUGCGAGCCCGUUGCAGACUUGCCCGUCGCGGGCUGCUGUGCGGUGCAGUGCGCUGUGCUGUGCUGUUCUGCUGUGCUCUGCCGUGCCGUGUCGUGGCGCAUAUCGGCGUGCUGUGGUGGUGGUGGUACGGAGACGACGCCCGCAAGGCACAACACCACACUACCACACUACCACACCACCACACCACACCACUGCCAGUUCACCACCGUGACCCUAGGCACACGCGUCGGUGUAGGCGCUUGCCGUGUGCCAGCGACGCCACCCACCUUGGACCCAAUUCGCGGCAACCAUCGAUCGAGAUCCAAGACGCGUCUUUCCCCUCAAGCCCCCGAACUUCACCCCGUACUUCACCGAGUGGCAAGCCAUCCGUCUUCAUGUCCAGCAUCCAGGCGCGCCUCGACGGGUAGUCGGUUCUAG